CAGUGUCACCGUUGAACAAGAGUCACAUACCAGCCCACCUGAAAGCAUCGAUUUCUGAUUGGUCCGUUUGACGUAAUUCGGGAGAAACAGGAUCACUAUACAUCACACAUCAUGUUCUUGAAGAUGAACGAAACGCUGGUGCCAGGAGCUUACGUUCAAGAUCAGAUAUUCAAUCCGUGGACCGUUCCGGAUUCGUUUACCGUCUACAAAUUCGCUCCCGAUUACGUCAAACCGUUGUUGCAUCCCCACUGGCAAUCCCAGAAGGCCGUCCAUCCGAUAUGGGCUUAUUUCUUUGGCCUUUACUAUCUUGUUAUGGGUAGCAUGGCGAUAGGUGGCAAUAUUAUGGUAUUGAAGAUCUUCAGCCAUUUUACGGCAUUGCGAACUCCAGCCAACAUGCUCGUCAUCAAUUUGGCAGUUUCCGAUCUGAUGCUCAUGUUAAGUCUCAUUCCAGAGGCGGUCUACAAUUUUUUCUCGGGAGGACCUUGGCAAUUCGGUUACAUGGGAUGUCAAAUCCACGCUUUCUGCGGUGCAUUUUUCGGAUACAGCCAGAUUACUACCUUAACUAUCAUUAGCUGGGAUCGAUACAACGUCAUCGUCAAAGGAUUCAGCGGCAAGCCACUGUCUUACUCGAAAGUAUCACUGCUCAUUAUAUUCAAUUGGCUUUGGUCUUUCGCCUGGGCUCUUACGCCACUCGUUGGAUGGGGUCUAUACGCUUUGGAUGGCAUGCUGGGCACGUGCUCGUUUGAUUCUUACACGACGACGAUGAAUCACAAGAGCUACAUUUUAGCAUCCUGCUUCUUCCAAUACCUAGGUCCGAUUCUGGUCAUCGUUGGCUGUUAUUUCUUCAUUGUCAAAGCAGUGUUCAAACACGAGGAAGAGCUGCGCGAACAGGCCAAGAAAAUGAACGUCACUUCGCUGAGAAGUGGCAACAAAGAACAAGACCAGGCCGUUUCGGCUGAAAUCCGUGCUGCUAAGGUGGCCGUAGUCAACAUUAUGCUGUGGAUCUUUGCCUGGACACCUUUCACGGCCAUUGCCAUGUUGGGUACGUGGCACGAUUCCGCCUUCGUCUCGCCGCUCGUCAGCGAGUUGCCCAUCAUCUGCGCCAAAACAUCGGCUCUUUACAAUCCCAUCAUUUACGCCCUGUCGCAUCCAAAGUACCGCGAGUGCCUCAAGGAGCUUUAUCCGUGGCUGUGUAUCGUCGUCGAAGAUCGCAAGUCGAAGCGCAGCCCAAAUGACGACAACAACUCGAUUGGCACGGUAAAGACGGACACAGCGUCUUCCUCAUGAAAUGACCAUCCGCCUCAUUGAUCCCAUCGACCGCAUGCAAAUCAUUUCCGACCACGAAUUUCGCCUUGCGUUUUAAAAGACCACUGAUUGUAGAAAUAGGCGUAAGCUGUUCAUUGUUAGAGCCCACGUAAUAUACAAGUGAGCUUUGCUGCCCUACCUUUUAACGUAUCCGCAAUUGUUCCUGUGUUUACCUGUUAUAACUUGUUGUAUUGAUGUAUUAUAUAUUUGUCCAGAUAAUAAACAAACCCUUGCAAGCUGA